GAGAGUAUUCCGGUUCCCCAUCUGAAAGAAGGUACACUGGAGAAGGUCACUGAGUCUUGCGGGGAAGGAGUCCUGUUUCCGCCUAAUAUGGGAGUUUUCGUCUCCUCUGAAAGGAGAGCCUUAGAAAAGCCACUGUUGAGCGGAGGGUCUCACCGUAUCUUUGCAUGAAAUCGUGGUCAGAGCUCCCCCGAGCCGUCCUCCUGCCACAGCAGGGAGAAAUUUGCCACUAGAAGGGACAUAACAGCCCAGUACUUGCUGCGGGUUGUGCACUGGCUGUUCUUUUGUCUUCUUCAACAUCUGGUCCAAACCCACGUUUCGUUCAUUAAUUAUCCAAAUUUACUGCAGACUUGAUACAAAAAAAGACUAGGGACCUGCUGUCAAGGAAUUCCUCCUAAGGAGAAGAAACUGUCAGUGCAUCCCAGGCAGCUCUUAGUGUGGAGCAGUGAACUGUGUGUGGUUUUUCUUCUACUUGGGGAUCAUGCAGAGAGCUUCACGUCUGAAGAGAGAGCUGCACAUGUUAGCCACAGAGCCACCCCCAGGCAUCACAUGUUGGCAAGAUAAAGACCAAAUGGAUGACCUGCAAGCUCAAAUAUUAGGUGGAGCCAACACACCUUAUGAGAAAGGUGUUUUUAAGCUAGAAGUUAUCAUUCCUGAGAGGUACCCAUUUGAACCUCCUCAGAUCCGAUUUCUCACUCCAAUUUAUCAUCCAAACAUUGAUUCUGCUGGAAGGAUUUGUCUGGAUGUUCUCAAAUUGCCACCAAAAGGUGCUUGGAGACCAUCCCUCAACAUCGCAACUGUGUUGACCUCUAUUCAGCUGCUCAUGUCAGAACCCAACCCUGAUGACCCGCUCAUGGCUGACAUAUCCUCAGAAUUUAAAUAUAAUAAGCCAGCCUUCCUCAAGAAUGCCAGACAGUGGACAGAGAAGCAUGCAAGACAGAAACAAAAGGCUGAUGAGGAAGAGAUGCUUGAUAAUCUACCAGAGGCUGGUGACUCCAGAGUACACAACUCAACACAGAAAAGGAAGGCCAGUCAGCUAGUAGGCAUAGAAAAGAAAUUUCAUCCUGAUGUUUAGGGGACUUGUCCUGGUUCAUCUUAGUUAAUGUGUUCUUUGCCAAGGUGAUCUAAGUUGCCUACCUUGAAUUUUUUUUUAAAUAUAUUUGAUGACAUAAUUUUUGUGUAGUUUAUUUAUCUUGUACAUAUGUAUUUUGAAAUCUUUUAAACCUGAAAAAUAAAUAGUCAUUUAAUGUUGA